AUGUUAGCAUUUGAAUAUAUUCACCCCUGUAAAUGUAUCUAUGCUUAUGGGUUUUAUUUUUCUGAAAAUUACUUCAUCUAUCUAUCUAUCUAUCUAUCUAUCUAUCUAUCUAUCUAUCUAUCUAUCUAUCUAUGUGAGAACAUCACUUAUUUCUUUUUUUUUUACAUUCGUAUUUUCUCAUAUUUCCCCUUUCUUUUCAUUUUGCCCUCCGUUGAUUUCUCUUUCUUUAUUUUCUUCUUUUCUUAUUCUUUCUCUUGUCAUUUGCAUUUAAUCUUCUUUUUUCUUCUUCUUCUUUCACCUUAUUACUUCGCCUUUAUAUUUCAUUCUCCCAUUCUUUUUAUUAUUUUAUUUUUAUUCUUUCAAAUCAUAUUGACAAAAAUAACCACUCUCUCUCUCUCUCUCUCUCUCUCUCUCUCUCUCUCUCUCUUACUUAUUAAUAUGAUAUCGAUUACUUGUUUUCUGCCACCCACCAGACAAAUUAAUAUACGGUUCGCUGGUCUCUCUUGUAUCAGUGAUGCUAAUAUCUCAAUUCCCUUCUCUAUGACGAAAAUUAUUAUUUAUGCUCAUCUAACCCUUUUGGAUUUUGUUAUUGUCUCUCUUCGUUCUUUACUCAGAUCCUCCAAGCUACGUUUGUUCUUGGUAGCAUUUUACAGUCUUGCUGUACUGGUUUGUGUUCCCAUCUGCUACGUCCAACUGAAACUGGGCUCACUUUUUCGAUCUGGCCUCGUUGGUGUCAUUGGCUCUGUGAUUCCAAUAUUUAAAGGUCCUGGCAUUGCUCUUCUGAUCAUGACUUAUAUUCGCUGCUUGAUGCAUGCUAUGGAGAUGUCCUACGGAUUUUUCUACACGUUUGCUUCUUUUGAACAACCAUUUCCUUGGAGUCCGGCCAAAUACAACAUAAGCAAAUGGGCAAGAGGAACAAUGCAAGGAAUCUACUCAUCUGACGCUGACCGUUAUUUCAAUGAAGAUGUUCUUCAAAGAACAGAACAUAUUGGUGAAGGAGGAAAUCUCGUGUGGACACUUUGUCUCGUUCUCUUAGCCACUUGGAUUAUUACUUAUUUCUUCGUCUUUCGUGGAGCCGCUUGGAUUGGAAAGGUUUUCCUGGUUGUAUGCCCACUGACAAUCUUUCUUUUGGGCAUUGUCCUCAUUUAUGGCCAUGCAGUUGUACCCAAAUCCGAACAGACUUUCAGUUACAUGUUUCUCGGCUAUUUUGACAUUUCACAAACUGAGGACCAAGCAAAAAACGAAGUGGGAAAUGCUAUACAGAAUCAUUUAGGAGACCCACGAACUUGGAUGGAUGCUCUCAUAAUGCAUAUAUACAGCAUGGGUUUGUGGUCUGGCGUGGUACCAAUGCUUGGGAGUCAUCUUCCCAACAAGAAAGUCUUGCUGAACACAGCCUGGAUGCUUUUGUUAUUAAUAUAUGGAUUACUUCCACAUUGGCUACUUGUAGCUAUUGUACCCUAUAUUGACCCCAAGGAUUUCGGUGGUACUCUUGCCUUUGUUCCAGGUAUAAAAACAGGACUCCCUCUUUUGCUUGUAUCAGUAGCCAACACUUUUGCCAAGUACAAUCUUUCUCCGGCCAUUGCCUUCUUUUUGUAUCUCAGCUUCUUUCUGAUUGCCAUUCAACAUCAGAUGUUGCUUACUCUCUCUCUCUCUCUCUCUCUCUCUCUCUCUCUCUCUCUCUCUCUCUCUCUCUCUCUCUCUCAAAUCAUAUCAGUAAUAUCUGGAUCGUUUUAA